CUCUCCAUUCUUCCUCCUAGGCUAUACCUCACGCUACCAAUACAUACACACACUACAUAUAAAUACAUAUCUAUACAUACAUACAUACAUAUAUCCAGAGAGAGAGAGAAGAGAGAUGCGAUACAGAGGUUGUGGUGAUUCUGAUCUGGUGUACUAUGGUUACAUAGUAGGGGUUGUGUUUGUGAGCUGGUCGAUUAUAGAGGUGAGAGCUUCGAUCCAUGAAUACAAUAACGAACCAUUCAAUCCUCGCUUCAAUUCCUUCUUCUUCCAUGGUGGCAGUGAGGGUCUCUACGCUUCCAAGCUCAUUCUCCCUCACAUUUCCAAACAACCUAUACCUGCUUCUCAACAUAAACCCCUCAAUCUCAAUGGCAAGUCUUUUAUUAGGUUUGAAUCGAUCAUCUUUCGUAGAACAAAAGAGGCCACCAGUAAGCAAAAUGAGAUGCAGCAAAAGACAGGAUUGGUUGAAACUAUUAUAGUUGAGGUCAAAGACAGGGAUAAGAUUGGGGGUUCUUAUUUGAAUUCUGAUGCAAUAUGCUGCACCCCUGCUCUUGCCAAUGAUGGAUCCUGCAAAGUUGGAGAGGUUAUUAUCCGCCAAGACCCAGAUAACCCCGGGUGGCCAAAACGGAUCCAGACCACCUUUGAAGGGAAAAUUGAAGAGGCCAAAAUGGAUCUUCAGACUGUUGAGAUCAAUAGCACUGGCAUGUAUUAUCUAUAUUUUAUGUUUUGUGAUCCAGAACUCAAGGGCACAUUAAUCAGUGGAAGAACGGUGUGGAGAAACCCAGAAGGUUAUCUACCUGGGAAAAUGGCACCCAUGAUGACAUUUUAUGGUUUAAUGUCUCUAGCUUACCUUGUUCUUGGUCUCGUAUGGUUUCUUCACUUUGUACGAUAUUGGAAGUAUAUAAUACAAUUGCACUAUCACAUCACAACUGUAAUUGGUCUGGGAAUGUGUGAAAUGGCAUUCUGGUAUUUUGAAUAUGCAAAUUUCAAUGCCACUGGAAGCAGACCAAUGGGAAUAACCACAUGGGCGGUUACCUUCAGUGCUGUCAAAAAGACUGUAUCUCGUCUUCUUCUUCUGGUUGUGUCAAUGGGUUAUGGUGUUGUGCGGCCCACUCUUGGUGCUAUAACCUCAAAAGUACUUCUUCUUGGUGUGACGUACCUUGUGGCUUCAGAGGCCCUUGAGCUUGUUGAACAUUUGGGAAAUAUCAACGACUUUUCUGGAAAAACAAGGCUUUUUUUGGUGUUACCAGUUGCUCUAUUGGAUGCCUUCUUUAUUCUUUGGAUUUUUUCAUCAUUAUCUAAGACUUUGGAGAAGCUUCAGGUACGGAGAAGCAUGGCUAAACUUGAACUCUACCGAAAAUUUACCAAUUCUCUAACAAUAUCGGUGCUGCUAUCUGUUGCUUGGAUUGGCUAUGAGUUGUACUUUAAUGCAACUGACCCAUUGAGCGAAUUGUGGCUAAGAGCCUGGAUCAUCCCAGCCUUUUGGACUUUGCUGGCAUUUUUACUCUUGGUGGUGAUAUGUGUUCUCUGGGCUCCUUCACAUAACCCAACAAGAUAUGCAUACUUGGAGGAGACGGGCGAUGACCUUGAGGAGGAGGGUAUUUCACUGACUGGCGGUGGAGUAAAGGUGGCUGCAGAUCUAGCAACCAUGGUGGAAAGGAAGGAAAGGAAGGUGACAAUUGCCACAGAUCAUGUGUUCAGGCUCGGAGAAGAUCUGGAGGAGGACAAGAGAGAAUGAUGGCUCGUCCUCGAAUUCCAUCUGAUCUUAGAUUUGCACAUGGGAUCCAGGACUUCGGUUAGAUUUUCAAUCAUACCAUUUGUGUUUAAUGUAAAAAGGAGAAAAUGAAAACACAAUUAAAUACCUGUUUUGAAAAUUAACAGCAUUAAACUCAAACCUUUUUUGCAUUGUUCUCCAGGUUUUAUUUUUCGCAAUUGAGUGAAUUUCAAACGAGUAGAGUAGGGGGGGUGAUGUAGACAAGAAGUAAAAGGAGAUUAAUAGUUCGAAGAAAAAAAAAACAUGUACUUGUCUAUUACUACAA